GUGUCUUUUAGAAGAUAGUUGAACUUCCUUCAAGGCAAUUGGGUGGAGCUGAUUUCGUACAAUAACAAUUUCAUCAACCAAAAUCAAGGUUCAGUGACCAGGAGCAGAGCAAAUGAUUUCCCCUGGAUAAUGUCUAAGGAAUAUCAGGAUCUUCAGUGUCUUCAGGAAGAGGAAACGUCAGCAAAGUCUACUGGUCCUGCCAUGAAAGCCUUCAAGAUGCAGAGCUGGGUCCCAUCAAAUUCUUCACGGCCCCUCUAUGGAUUCUGCUGCCUCUUUGCUGUUCUCCUUGUUGUCAUCGUCAUCCUCAUUGUGCAUUUCCAGAAGCCAGAAAUAAAGGAUAGAAGCCUUGAGUACCAGCUUGGCAACUUCAGUGUCAGCGUGAAGUCCCACGUGUCCCAGCUAACUCAAGAUGGUACCCGACUGAUGGACAAGAUUACAGAGCUUGAAACAUCAGUGAAGAAGAUUCAGAACGAACUUUCUUUAGGCUCGUUACAGAGUGACAUGCAGAGAGUCCUAGGAACGCUGGGAAGAUUGGUUGACCGGGUUCAAACAUUGCAAGUUAAUGACACCAGACUGAUGGAGAAGCUUACAGAGCUUGAGGGAUCUGUGAAGAAGUUUCAGGGUACCCUUACCAUAGGCACGUUACAGAGUGACAUGCAAAAGGUUCUGGGCACGCUGAGCAAACUGGUUGACCGAGUACAAAACUUGCAAGUUAAUGGCUCCCAGGAACCUCUCUGCCCAGACAACUGGCAUCGCUUCACCCUCAGCUGCUAUUAUGUCUCCAAAUCUGGGUACCCCUGGGAAGAAGCUAAAAAGCGGUGUGAGGGGCUCAGUGCUCACCUGGUGGUGAUCAAUAAUGAGGAUGAACAGGAAUACGUUUUUGGAAUAGCGAAAGGCCAGUUCACUUGGAUUGGCCUCACGGAUUCAGAAGGGGAGUGGAAAUGGCUGGAUGGGACUCCUUAUAAUACUUCUCCUAAGUUCUGGAUUGCAGACCAACCAGAUAAUUAUUUUGGCCAUGGGCUCGGUGGUGGAGAGGACUGCGCUCACCUUCAUUAUAACGGUCAAUGGAACGACGACCACUGCUCCCGCCGAUACAGGUUUAUAUGUGAAAAGGCCAUAUGAGCAGAGCAGCCAUCGAUUCCUGGGCAACUGGAAGGGGGGAACCAACCAAGAGAAGGACAACGGAGGACAAACCUUCAGCCUUGCAGAAGAUGCAAAUACUCAGCAAUAUAACAAUACUCACUAAUACUGCCAGUCUAUACUUCAGCUUUGUACAAAUGCCAAAACCCUAUAGUUACAAUUAACUCCUCCUGAUAUUUCAUGGGCACUAAAUUCAACAAUAAAGGGGUGACAAUCAA